UUCACGACAGUUGACACAUCUUCGGGUGUUUGUCGAUGUUGGCAUUUUUAAACACAGAAUUUAGCUAAUUAAUGAUCACAAAAUGCCUGAUUCACGUAAUUUCUUCCACCAUAAAUAUAUCCUUUUCACUAUUUUAUCAAUAUUCUUGACACAAAGUCAAGUUGAUGGAGGUGCUGUACAACUCACUCAAAAAGAUAUUGAUAUGACAUUAGCGUCUAAUGAGUUAGUAUUCAUUAAUUUUUAUGCAGAUUGGUGUCGGUUUAGUAAUAUAUUAGCACCAGUAUUUGAUGAAGCAGCGGAUAAAGUCAGGGAGGCCUUUCCAACAAGAGUAGUUAUGGGCAAAGUAGAUUGUGAUGCAGAGUCUUCCAUAGCAUCGAGGUUCCAAAUAACAAAAUACCCAACAUUAAAAGUAAUUAAAAAUGGGCAACCAACAAAACGAGAAUAUAGAGGUCAACGAUCAGUUGAGGCGUUUGUAGAGUUUGUUAAAAAACAGUUAGAAGACCCAAUUAAAGAAUUUCAUGAUCUCAAAGAGUUGAUGGAUUUAGAUGAUAAGAAACGCAUGAUAAUAGGUUAUUUUGAUAGAAAAGAUGUUCCUGAAUAUGAAAAAUUCAGACGAGUAGCAACAAAUUUGAAAGAUGAUUGUCAGUUCCACGUUGGUUUCGGGGAAGUUAGUAAAGCUAUGCAUCCUCCUGGCCAACCAAUCAUCGUAUUUCGACCAGAUAGAGCCUUAUCGAAUGAUGAAGAUGAAACAUAUAAAGGAAGUCUUCAUAAUUUUGAUGAGCUCAACAUUUGGGCUCAAGAAAAAUGUAUACCAUUAGUACGAGAGAUCACCUUCGAGAAUGCUGAAGAGUUAACUGAAGAAGGUUUACCAUUCUUAAUCCUUUUCCAUGCUCCAGAUGAUGUUAAGAGUGUGAAAGAAUUUAAAGAUGUCGUUACAAAUUUUCUUGUGGAUGAGAAACAAAACGUCAAUUUCCUCACUGCUGAUGGUUUCAAAUUUGCCCACCCACUUCACCAUUUAGGAAAAAAUUCCUCAGAUUUGCCUCUAAUUGCAAUUGACAGUUUUCGACAUAUGUAUUUAUUCCCAAAAUAUUCAGACAUUCACACCCCUAGUAAAUUAAAAAAUUUCCUUCGUGAUCUUUAUUCGGGUAAACUUCAUCGUGAAUACCAUUAUGGACCCGAUCCUAGUCUCCAAGUGCCAGACGCAGAUCAACCAAAAAUACCAACAACUCCUCCAGAGUCAACCUUUAAGAAACUGGCCCCUAGCAAAAAUAGGUACACCUUAUUAAAGGACGAACUGUGAAUGUGAUGAUAAGCAUGAUUAAAAAAUUAAACAGCUCAAUAUAGGAUGAGUUGAUAAGUUGCCCGAAGAUUUUUAUUUAUCUCAAUAGUAUCAUAGUAUUGAUGAUCCCGUUGGGAUAAAACAAACUGAUGCCUCGACUUUAUGAAUAUGUGCAAAUGAAGAAUUAUUUUGGAGUAAUUGGAUUCUAAUGAUGCAGUUUAAGGAAUGAUAAUUGAAGUAUAAAUAAAUAUGUGAAUCAAUACUCUAA